UUUUGUAUCUUAUCUAAUUAGUCUCUCUACAUCUGUCAAGGAAUUACACCAUUAUGUUAAGUUAAGCAAGGACUGUCAGACAGAUAUCGACAUGUGGAUAACAUUCCUUGAUGGCUGGAAUGGUGUAUCAUUUUUCUAUGAUGACCAAUAGGGCUGUGGAUCGUCAGUGGCGAUCCGAUCCGAUCCGCAAGUCGGGGCUGACGAUUCACAGAUCGAACCACGGAUCACCAGCAACAAUUUGUAAUGAUACAAAAAUGCAAGCCUGUUUUUUUUUUGUACUGUUUUCUUUAUGGAAACUAAGCUUUGCAGUUCUCAUAGUGCUCAGUUUAAUAGUUUUGAAUUAUGUUUAAUGUUUUGCUCAUUAAUUAAAGUCAGGUUUCGUGGGUGGACUUCUGUAAUGUUCAACCAUUCUUCCAGAUGAACGAUAUGACGUCGGUCAUUAAUAUCACAAUAUUUAGUAACAGUUCUGCAUUUUCUGAUCAGCCGUUUCCGCAAGCUAGCGCCAGAUGCCGACCAGAAUCCCACGAAAACACCAGCACUGGCAGAUCUCUAUCUGGGCUAGACAGCACCGUCAAGUACCUCUGGGAAUCGGCCCAUGCACCAGGGACAUUAAGUUUAUAUAGAUCGGCGUACAAACUUUUUAAACUGUUCAUGGAACAAAACUCAUUGUGGCCCGAUAGUAGUGCUACACCGCCACCAAUCAGCAAACAAACAUUAAUUUAUUUUGUUGCUUUCUGUUCUGAAAAAAAUUUAAGGUAUGACACUAUUAAGCAAUAUCUUUCAGGAAUACGUUAUGUUUAUACAUCAUUGACAGAUAUCAGUUCAUUAUGUUAUACUGCAGUAGAGAAAAUUAGGUGCCUUCCAGUAGGGGACUUUGUAUUGCAUGGCAAUACUUCAUUCACUUGUUUGAAAUACAAUGUAAAAUCCCCUUUAUCAAAUCCAGCUGAACUCUUACAGUUACAAAUAGUACUCCGAGGGGUAAAGAAGUCACAGAAUAAUAUGCACAAAGAACGCCUCCCUAUUAUGCAUGAUAUCCUGAAAGAUAUGAUCACAUCUUUAAAAAACGGCUUUCUCGGCCGGUACGAUAGUCUAAUGCUCGCAGCAGCAUGCAGUAUGGCAUUCUUCGGUUUCCUGCGUUGUGGGGAAUUUACAGUUUCUGGAGCUCUAUCCAAAACAGCGACCUAUGCCUUGAAAAUAAAUGACGUCACAUUCGAAAAAGACAAAUCAGGUUAUGUUCUUAAUCUUAAAAACUCUAAAGCAGAUGUUUUCAGGUCUGGGGUGAAGGUAACAAUUGCCGCAACAGGAUCCACUACAUGCCCGCUGCAACUACUAGAUGAAUAUAUCAACUUACAGUUCAAGUGUGGAGCUAGUCUGCACGACCCUCUAUUCAUUAACAGUUGUGGUAAAACUUUAACAAGAGAAUUUUUUAUAACCAGUAUCAGGAAACUGUUAGGUGACAUAGGGAAAACUCCAGAUUUCUAUUCUGGUCAUAGUUUCAGAAUUGGAGCCGCAACAACAGCUGCAAAAGUGGGUAUAGAGGACCAUCUAGUUAAAACACUGGGAAGGUGGACUUCAGGCUGCUACUCCAGAUACAGUAGAACAAACCGGAAGUCCAUACACCAAGCACAAAACACUAUGUGCCGAGUGGAGUCUUAAAGAUAUGAUCGAUUUCAAGGUCUUUUGGUACUCAAGUUUAAUCAUAUUUCCAAAGAUGGCAAGUUAGUAAAUGUGAAGUCAUACACAGAAGUUACGAGUGUUCUUAGUGCUUCUGUUAUAUAAUAUUUAGGAAAGAAGUACGAGUGUUCGUAGUACCUUCUUUUGUUAAUAGAAGUAGGCUUAGGGUUAAUCUCAAAAGUGUACGCAUAUAUAAUAUCAGUUCAGUUCAUUUUCACAUAGAAGUUACGAGUGUUCUUAGUGCUUCUGUUAUACGUAGGAGAAGAGUACGAGUGUUUGUAGUACCUCUUCUAAUUCAGUGUUAGUUGGUCAACAUACAAAUGCAGUAUCGAGUUAUUCGGUCAGUGUCUAGAUGCACCGUGUCCAGACGCAUCAAGGCAAGCGAUAUUUAUUUCUUGGAAGGAGUUUCAGUCCCUUGUUGGGUAGUACUUCUUUUGUUGAUGGUGGUAUCCAUGGAAUUUGCGAACUGACUCUUAACGAGUUUAGCUAUGACUACAGACACUCUUACACUACAGGUGUUAACUGACUCAUAAACUUUUUAUAUAAGAACAUAAAUUCAUGACUGUUACCUUUAGUUGUGGCAUAUUGGCAUAGCACCUUUUUUAGCUCACCUGUCACAAAGUGACAAGGUGAGCUUUUGUGAUCGCGCGGUGUCCGUCGUCCGUCCGUCCGUGCGUGCGUGCGUCCGUAAACUUUUGCUUGUGACCACUCUAGAGGUCACAUUUUUCACGGGAUCUUUAUGAAAGUUGGUCAGAAUGUUCAUCUUGAUGAUAUCUAGGUCAAGUUCGAAACUGGGUCACGUGCCUUCAAAAACUAGGUCAGUAGGUCUAAAAAUAGAAAAACCUUGUGACCUCUCUAGAGGCCAUAUAUUUCAAAAGAUCUUCAUGAAAAUUUGUCAGAAUGUUCACCUUGAUGAUAUCUAGGUCAAGUUCGAAACUGGGUCAUGUGCCGUCAAAAACUAGGUCAGUAGGUCUAAAAAUAGAAAAACCUUGUGACCUCUCUAGAGGCCAUAUAUUUCACAAAAUCUUCAUGAAAAUUGGUCAGAACAUUCAUCUUGAUGAUAUCUAGGUCAAGUUCGAAACUGGGUCACUUGCCAUCAAAAACUAGGUCAGUAGGUCAAAUAAUAGAAAAACCUUGUGACCUCUCUAAAGGCCACAUUUUUCAUGGGAUCUGUAUGAAAGUUGGUCUGAAUGUUCAUCUUGAUGAUAUCUAGGUCUAGUUCGAAACUGGGUCACGUGCGGUCAAAAACUAGGUCAGUAGGUCUAAAAAUAGAAAAACCUUGUGACCUCUCUAGAGGCCAUAUAUUUCAUGAGAUCUUCAUGAAAAUUGGUCAGAAUGUUCACCUUGAUGAUAUCUAGGUCAAGUUCGAAAGUGGGUCACGUGCCCUCAAAAACUAGGUCAGUAGGUCAAAUAAUAGAAAAACCUUGUGACCUCUCUAGAGGCCAUAUUUUUCAUGGGAUCUGUAUGAAAAUUGGUCUGAAUGUUCAUCUUGAUGAUAUCUAGGUCAGUUUCGAAAGUGGGUCACGUGCCGUCAAAAAUUAGGUCAGUAGGUCAAAUAAUAGAAAAACCUUGUGACCUCUCUAAAGGCCAUAUUUUUCAUGGGAUCUGUAUGAAAGUUUGUCUGAAUGUUCAUCUUGAUGAUAUCUAGGUCAGGUUCGAAACAAGGUCAUGUGCGGUCAAAAACUAGGUCAGUAGGUCUAAAAAUAGAAAAACCUUGUGACCUCUCUAGAGGCCAUACUUGUGAAUGGAUCUCCAUAAAAAUUGGUCAGAAUGUUCACCUUGAUGAUAUCUAGGUCAGGUUUGAAACUGGGUCACAUGCCUUAAAAAACUAGGUCAGUAGGUCAAAUAAUAAAAAAACCUUGUGACCUCUCUAGAGGCCAUACUUUUCAUGGGAUCUGUAUGAAAGUUGGUCUGAAUGUUCAUCUUGAUGAUAUCUAGGUCAGCUUUGAAACUGGGUCAACUGCGAUCAAAAACUAGGUCAGUAGGUCUAAAAUUAGAAAAAUCUUUUGACCUCUCUAGAGGCCAUAUUUUUCAAUGGAUCUUCAUGAAAAUUGAUCUGAAUGUUCACCUUGAUGAUAUGUAGGUCAGUUUCGAAACUGGGUCACGUGCGGUCAAAAACUAGGCCAGUAGGUAUAAAAAUAGAAAAACCUUGUGACCUCUCUAGAGGCCAUAUUUUUCAUGAGAUCUUCAUGAAAAUUAGUGAGAAUGUUCACUUUGACGAUAUCUAGGUAAAGUUCAAAACAGGGUCACGUACCUUCGAAAACUAGGUCAAUAGGUCAAAUAAUAGAAAAACCUUGUGACCUCUCUAGAAACCAUAUUUUUCAAUGGAUCUUCUUGAAAAUUGGUCAGAAUUUUUAUCUUGAUAAUAUCUAGGUCAAGUUCAAAACUGGGUCACAUGAGCUCAAAAACUAGGUCACUAUGUCAAAUAAUAGAAAAAACGACUUCAUACUCAAAACUGGGUCAUGUGGGAAGAGGUGAGCGAUUCAGGACCAUCAUGGUCCUCUUGUUUUUGCACACUGCCAGUUCAUAUAUACAGUAUUAUAUUGGUGUAUAAUUAACUCGCACAGAUAAAACAUUCUUUAGUGCUGUACAUUAAACAAUGAAUGUAAAUAUCUCAAGAAUAUGUUUAACGACUGUUCUUAUGAAAUCAUUGAUAUAUGAUGACAUUUUUCACACUGCCACCUCCGUUAUUCAGUUUUUAUACUUGUGCAGAAUUAACUCAUAUUUUUAAGAAUGGUCUGUUAAUGCCGUAAGUUAAACAAUGUAGGCGCACAUCCUAAGAAUAGUUUAUACCAGUCAAACUAGUUAACAACCGUUACCCUCAGUUGCGGCAGCAGUCACAUAUAGUGCAUUUUUACACCCACCUAUGUUACACAGUAUUAUAUGGAUGUAAUUAAUUCAACUGGUAUUUUUUUUUUAAGAAUUAAUGAUUUAAAGGUGGCAUAUUAAAUAGAUAUGUUAAUACUUAAAAACGUUUUAAAAUAAGUGCAUAUUACUUAAUGGCAAUUACUCUUAUUUGGGCAGUAUAGACAUCUUAAUGACAUUUUCACAGUGUCACCUCUGAUAUAUAUCAGUAUUAUAUUAGUGUAGAAUUCAACUAGGAUUUGUUAAAAAUGUGCCUGUAUUGUGGUAUGCUAAAUGAUUUAUGUACAACUUUUAUGAAUUUUUAUAUAAGUACACACAAGUUAAUGACUGUUACCCUUAGUUAUGAAAGUAUUGACAAAUGACACUGUGUACAUUUCCACAUUUGAUUGAUUAUAUUGGUGUAUAAUUCAACUAGAAUGUUCCUUUAGUGUACUAUGUUAAACAAUCUAGGUAAAACUUCUGAAAAUAUUUGAUUUAGGUUCACAUGAGUUAACAACUGUUACCCUUAGUUGUGACAGUACUGUAUUUAUGACAAUUUUGACCAUUGAAUAGCUAUAGGUCACUUGACCUUAAGGCCUGUGAUCAUAAGACAUCAUAAGACGAGUGACAGAAGCCUGCAGUCAGUAGAUGCCAUAAUUAUUUUGGGAUCAGCAUUUCAAAGGUCAAGGUCAAAAUGGCACUGAGGCUUAAAAUUGUUUUCAAACAAUAGCUAGUAUAUGUCUGGACCUUAAUGGUCUAGUUGUAUAAGUGAUUGUUGUCAUAUUACCCCUAUUGUUUUUGGGGGUCAUUAGCAUAAAGGAUAAGGUCACAUUAUACCAGUACUGAAAAUUAUGAUACCAGUUAUCUUCGACAGGCUAUCUUGUCAGUUAUAACAAAUAGAACAACUUUGAACAUCAGUUGUGAAUAGUACACAGAAUGUAAUAGAAAUUUGGAACAACUGAGUGAUUAAUUUGUAAUAAAGUAAAUAAAAUCGGUAAAGCUGUUGUCCCUCAAAUCAAAAAUUAAAAUAGCACCACGAUUACACAGUCUGCAGUAAUCUAGGUCACAGUUUGGUGGAAACAUCUGUCUACAGUAAACCUCACUUAUAAGGAACUCGGAUAUAAGGAACACUCAGUUAUAAGGAACAGUUUUCAGUUCCCCAAUCUAAUUCCUUCUUUAUUCAAUGUAAAAAUCAUCGGUUAUAGGGAAAGCUCGGUUAUAAGGAACACUUUUUAUAGUCCCAAAGUACGAAAUUCAGUGGAAAACCCCUUGGUUAUAAUGAACAAACAUAAAGAAUAAAAAUAAUUGAAAACUGGAAAUAAACAGCAGAAUAGCUGAUGAUGUCAGAGUAACACCAGCACUUUCAUGCAUUUUCUUCACAUGAAUAAACACAAAUUAUUUCAUUUCUAUGAUAUUCAUGGAUACGAUAAAAAGAAAAUAUAUAAUAACAUCAUUAAAAUUUACCAAAUACUAGAAGAUAGUAGACUUAUAUUUACUCAAAAUUAUGUACUAGAGCUACAUGUAUUAGGGUAUUUCAUGUUAUCCUAAACUAAACAGAUGUGCUAAUAAAGCAUGAUUAACAAUGGCAAACAGUCGAGUUUACCAAAUUUUCAAUUGUAAAAAAUAAAGCAGGUGCUAAAAUGGACAGUAGGAAACUAUCGGUAUAAUUUACACUUUAAUCUGUGUGUAUGGCGCCGUUGUCUAGUCGCAAUACACUAUAUGUCAAAACGCCCUACUUUUGAAGCUUAAUGGGUAGGCUAAUUUAACAUUUUUAGCUUGACUAUUCGAAGAAUAAGUAGAGCUAUCCUACUCACCACGGCGUCGGCGUCGGUGUCGGCGUCGGCGUCACACCUUGGUUAAGUUUUUCGUACCAGUCCACAUUUUGACAAAGUCUUUUGAGAUAAAGCUUUGAAACUUUCAACACUUGUUUACCAUUAUCAUGGCCAGUUAUAGGCAAGAGCACAUAACUCCAUCAAUGAUAUUGGCUGAAUUAUGGCCCCUUUUGACUUAGAAAUCAUGGUUAAGUUUUUCGUACCAGUUCAUAUUUUGACAAAGUCUUUUAAGAUAAAGCUUUGAAACUUUCAACACUUGUUUACCAUCAUCAUGGCCAGUUAUAGGCAAGAGUACAUAACUCCAUCAGGGAUUUUGGCUUAAUUAUGGCCCCUUUUGACUUAGAAAUCAUGGUUAAGUUUUUCGUACCAGUUCAUAUUUUGACAAAGUCUUUUAAGAUAAAGCUUUGAAACUUUCAACACUUGUUUACCAUCAUCAUGGCCAGUUAUAGGCAAGAGCACAUAACUUCAUCAAUGAUUUUGGCUGAAUUAUGGCCCCUUUUGACUUAGAAUUCAUGGUUAAGUUUUUCGUACCAGUUCAUAUUUUGACAAAAUCUUUUAAGAUAUAGCUUUGAAACUUUCAACACUUGUUUACCAUCACCAUGGCCAGUUAUAGGCAAGAGUACAUAACUCCAUCAGAGAUUUUGGCUGAAUUAUGGCCCCUUUUGACUUAGAAAUCUUGGUUAAUAUUUCGUACCAGUUCAUAUUUUGACAAAGUCUUUUCAGAUAAAGCUUUGAAACUUUCAACACCUGUUUACCAUCACCAUGUCCAGUUAUAGGCAAGAGUACAUAACUCCAUCAAGGAUUUUGGCUGAAUUAUGGCCCCUUUUGACUUAGAAAUCUUGGUUUAGUUUUUCGUACCAGCUCAUAUUUUUAUAAAGUGUUUGACAUAUGGCUUUGAAACUUUUAUCACUUGUUUAGUAUAAUAGUCUCUAUCUGUAGGAAAUAACUCUGUCGUCUAUUUUGGCUGAAUUAUUGUCCUUUUUGGACUUUGAAAUUGCCUCAUAUAUUGCCAUUUAGUGCAAGACUUAUCGAAAUCAAAGUAAUACAGGAACAUUGUUUGUCUAAUCUAUUUAUUUCUUUAGUCUGAAUAUCCGUGGAAAUAUUUUGACCCCAUUCUUCAAUCAAUUCUUCGAAUAGUCGAGCGCGCUGUCAUCAGACAGCUCUUGUUUAAAUACAAAUUUGAACAGUUAUUUUAUAAUAGUAUUGAUGCCUAUUAACGUCGAGCAAAGUAAGGCAAGUAACUGCAGCAUAUCUUACAGUCAUAAUAAAGCGCUGUCUAAAUAAGAAGAUAGAAACAAUUGACAAAAAUAAACACAAAUUACGGUCAUUCUUACUGACGAACAUUUUGGCUUAGGGUUUAAUGUCGUGUUUCAACAGUAUCUCAGCCAUAUACAUGCAGACUUUACCAUCUCUACAGGAGAGGAUUUGUACUCGACUCUUAAAGAUUGUCACAUAAAGAUUCAUGGGCGGUCCGGGGUAUGAGAGUAAGCCCUUUUCAAACGUUAGUCAAAUAGUGUUUGCUAUACAAAUUGUGUUUGUUAUUCAAACCUUGGUUACAAGGAACUAGUUAGCUAUACGGAUACAAGGACCCUCGGUUAUAAGGAACAAUUUUUAGAGGUCCAGAGCUGUUCCUUAUAAGCGAGGUUUACUGUAUUUUAUAUUUGCAGAUGGACAGAAGAAGAGUGUUACACCAAUAUUUUCAUGUCCAUGUUACACAAAUGGUAUGCAUACAAUUGAUUGGAGAGAACUCUUCCAGGUUAGAGGAAGUUGAAAAUGACUGCCUAGUGUUUUUGAUGAGUUAACUCGGAAAUAUGUUCAAGUUCAAGCUCCAGCUAUUGUGUUAAUGAAUGUUGAGGGUAUAGCUGUAAGCUUGAGCCCAGUCCUUCUGACCUGGUUCAACUACUAGCCUGUAACCAGAAUAGUACAGUCCAGUCUACAGUUGCAUGCUUUUGGAUAAGGUAUGAAUAUGCAGGAGAGAGGUAUGAACCUGCAGACAAUAGCAGGAGAGUGGUAUGCACAUGAAGAACAGAGGUAUGAAGAUGCUAUGAGAAAGAUAUGAAUAAGCAGAGAGUGAGAUGAACUUGCAGCAAGUAGGAAGCCAGAGGAAUGAACAUGCUGUGAGUGAGGUAUGAACAUGCAGAGAGAGGUAUGAACAUGCUUGAAGUGCGGUAUGAAUAUGCAAGAGAGAGGUAUGAGCAUGUUGGGAGUGAGGUAUGGACAUAACAGAGAGAGAUAUGAACGCACUGGGAGAGAGGUAUGCACAUGCUUGGAGAGAGGUAUGCACAUGCUUGGAGAGAGGUAUGCACAUGCUUGGAGAGAGGUAUGUACAUGCUUGGAGAGAGGUAUGCACAUGCUUGGAAAGAGGUAUGCACAUGCUUGGAAAAAGGUAUGCACAUGCUGGAAGAGAGGUAUGUACAUGCUGUGAGAGAGGUAUGUACAUGCUGGGAGAGAGGUAUGCACAUGCUGUGAGAGAAAUAUGCACGUGCUGGGAGUGAGGUAUGCACAUGCUGGGAGAGAGGUUUGACAUCCUGGGAGAGAGGUAUGCACAUGCUGGGAGAGAGGUAUGUACAUCCUGGGAGAGAGGUAUGUACAUGCUUGGAAAGAGGUAUGCACAUGCUUGGAAAAAGGUAUGUACAUGCUGGGAGAGAGGUAUGCACAUGCUUGGAGAGAGGUAUGCACAUGCUUGGAGAGAGGUAUGCACAUGCUUGGAGAAAGGUAUGCACAUGCUUGGAGAGAGGUAUGCACAUCCUGGGAGAGAGGUAUGCACAUGCUGGGAGAGAGGUAUGCACAUGCUGGGAGAGAUGUAUGAACAUGCAAGAAAAGCGGUAUGAACAUACUGGUAGAGAGAUAUGAACAUACAAGUGGGACAUAUAAGCAUGUUUGGAGAGAGGUAUGAAUUUGUAGGAGAAAGUUAUGAACAUGCAGUAGAGAGGUAUGAACAUACAGUAAGAAAGGUAUGGGUAUGACAGUAGAAGGUGAGAGGUAAGAACCUGAGCCAAUAGAAGGAAAGAGGUAUGAACAUACAAAGUGAGAGGUAUGACCAUGCAGAGGGGUGGUAUGAACCAGCAUUCAAUAGGAGAGAUAUAUGAACAUGCAGGGAGAAAAAAAUUAAACAACAAUGAAACUUUUGCCAAUAUAUUCACAUGGUCUUUAAGUUUAUACCAGUUUAUUAUAAUGUGUAGCUUGAUUUUAAAGAAUUUAUAAAUCUUUCACUAGCUGCAGGUGCAGAUGGGAAUAUCCAACUCAAGUGUAACAGCUACCCAACAGCCAAGUGUUUCUAUCUGCUUCCAGACAUAGAGCUUUAUUUCUUGCAUAUCAUAUUCUACAAAUUGUAAUGGAAGAAUUACCUGAAGGUCAAACUGCUGAAUACUAGACUGCUGUGAUAUGAUAUCUGAAUGAAAAAGCAUUUCUGGACAAAACCAUAAAAUUUGAUGCAUGUAUGCAAUUUUAAACAAUUAUUAGCUCACCUGUCACAGUGACAAGGUGAGCUUUUGUGAAAAUCUUUUUCUUCAGAACCACUGGGCAGAUUUAUACCAAACUUCACAGGAAUGAUCAUUGGGUGGUCCUCUUUCAGAAUUGCCAAACGAAUUUGAUUCCAUUUAGAACUCUGGUUGCCAUGGCAACCAAAAAGAAAAACUUUGAAAAUGAUUUCUUGUCAGAAAUUGUAACCCGGAUUUCAAAAAUAUUUCAUGGAAAUGAUCUCUGGGUGACCCUCUACCAAAAUUGCCUUAGCCAUUCUGUUACGGUUAAAAGCAAGUUCCUCUACCAAGUUAGUUCAGAUUAUCCCCCUUGGGUCAAAUAUGGCCCUGCCCUUUGGUCAUAUGGUUUACAUAGACUUAUUUAGGAAAAACUUUGGCCAACUCUGUAUUGAAACAGCUGAAAAUAUUUCAAAUUGUUCAGAAUAAUGUCCAAUUUGUAAUAGGAAUUUUGAAUAUAUUUGUUUUAGUUUGCCUGUUGUCUGAAAGCCUUGAGUAUGAAAACAUGUCUUUUUUGUUGGAGUCUCUUUUUAUCAAUUUACAAUGUUUGAUUUGUGUUUUACAGGUUCACUUCUUGAGAGCAGGCAGCUACAUAAGGUCAACAAAACCAGUAUACUUGAAAAGCAAGAAACACCAGGAAAUAUGAAAAGACAGAAGAACAAGGGAACUUGAAUAAAAAAAAAAACUUUUAAAGAUAGGAAUUCAGGAUAUACUUAGAAAUUAAAUUUAUUUUGAGAACAGCAGUGAUUGACUAAGCUCUUACUGUAAGAGAUAAAGUGGUUUUGUUAUGCUCAUAAAACAUACAAAAGUUUCAUUAAUUUUAUUUUAGAUAAUUGUUUUCUGGUUUAUUUUACAAAGCUUGUUUACUAAUUAACAUAGUUAUAUUUAAGUAAUAUUUUCCAUGAAAUUUUAAAGUGAAUAUUUUGUUAUACUCCCACAAAACAAAAUUUAAGGGGUAGUAAGUUUGUCUGUCUUUCAGACCCUUGGUUUUCAUGGUUUCCAGAUGGUAACUCAAGAAAAGCUUGACCGAUUUAAAUAUUUUUGGUACACAGGUGUAACAUCAGGAAAGGUCAAGUUCGACUUUGGGGUCAGUAGGUCAAAGGUCAAGGUCACAGUGACCCUGAACAGUUAAAUGGUUUCCAGAUGAUAACUUGAGAAUGCUUUGGCCUAGGAUCAUAGAUUUUGUAACACAGGUGUAUCAUGAUAAGAUGAAGUGUUGGCUAGUGAUGCACACUUAAAAUUUAAUGUUUAUGUUCAUUUUCUGUUCUCUGGGAAGUUCAACAUUAUAUUUCAGGUAAAGGAGAUGAUAAAACAAUGAUUACAUUAAAAACAUAGUUGAUUUUAGAAAAUGCAGUUAAUUUUUCAUUUAAUUUUAAUUUUAGAAGUUUUCUUACUUUGAUGAAAUGUAUUGUUUUUAAUGGUAUGUUAGUUAACAGUAGUAUAUUC